AUGUCGGAGCAAGAGAAGAUUCAGGAAUGUCUGAGGAAGGAGAUAAGGUCCCUCCUCAUCUCCACCAAAGAUGGUUUGACCCCGCAGCAGCUGGAAAGGGAGUACUUGUCAAUGGUGGGUAAUCACCUGCCUCUCCGAAUCCUGGGUUAUCGGUCCACCAUGGAGCUGGUGUUGGAUAUGCCUGAUGUGGUAAGCCUCUGCCCCUGUGGAGAUGGCACCGUGAUCCUCAAAGCCAUUCCAGAUGAAACAACCAAAGGAAUAGCAAGUUUGGUUGCAAAACAAAGGAGUAGUAACAAACUUCGAAAUUCCACACAGAAAGGAAGAGCAAAUGUUGGUUCUAGUUCUGGUCCUCGUCGGAGACUACCUUACCGGGGAAGGAUACCCCCCAUUCUUCCAGCUGUGGUAAAGAGAACACCUAUAGUAAGGACACAUUUGCCAGAACCUGUCUCAACUACUGAGCCACUGAAUCAGCCACAUGCAGUGAAAAUUGCAGAAUUGAAUGGCAUGGAGACAUCUUCUUUGGAUCAGUCUGAGAAAUUAAACCAGCUGGAAAAUACAUUCAAAUCAGUGAUUGCACAAAUUGGACCAGGAGGGACCAUCAGUUCAGAACUGAAGAAGAAAAUAAAAUUUGUUGCAUCCAAAUUUCCGCAAGGAUUGCUUAUUUCUAAGCUGCUUGGAGAGUUUGAGGCAGUUUUUAAAGAGCCACUUUCACCGAAGAGAUUAGGGUUUUUAAACGUGGCAGAGCUUGUUGGGUCUCUUAGUGACAUUCUGCAUGUUGAGUUCAGGGAAGGUGAACAAGACUUGCUGGUGUUUGAUGCAGAGAUGAAGCAUUUGACCACAGAUGUGACUAUUUUACCUUUCAAUGAUGAAUGUUUGGUCCAAUUAGAUAAGAAAAUAGAAGGCAAAGCCAAUAUCUCCAGUCCCCCCAGAAAUUACCUGUCAUCUCCAGAUGUUAAGGACACUGCCUGGAAUAAUUCUCUGGAAAAUCAUAGAAAUGUAGAAGAGAAGGUCUGCAGGAAAUUCAGCCUGGUCACAAAGCCUAUGCCCCUGCAUAUGGGAAUGAAACAAUCACAGCUCAACCUGGAGAUGUCAGGAUAUGAGAUCCCACCAGAUGCUGUGCAGAACAGAAAACUCUGCAGCCUUCCACCAUUAGAUAGCAGUACCCUAGUAGGGGUCUUUGUAGAGUAUAUAAUCUCUCCUAGUCAGUUUUAUAUCCGAAUCUAUAGCAGAGAUUCAUCAGAGUUACUUGAGGAUAUGAUGAUUGAAAUGAGGCGUUGCUAUUCCAAUCAACUGGUAUCUGAUCGCUAUAUUAUGCCAGAAUCUUUUAUCCAACCUGGCCAUCUCUGUUGUGUAAGGAUUUCUGAGGAUAAGUGGUGGUACCGAGUCAUUAUUCAUCGAGUUCUUGGGAAGCAAGAAGUUGAGGUGUUCUACCCAGAUUUUGGAAAUUUGGGAACUGUUCAGAAGUCCUCUCUGAGGUUUCUCAAGUGCUGCUACAUCAAGCUUCCUGCUCAGGCCAUUCCUUGUUCCCUGGCUUGGGUGAGACCCAUAGAGGAGCAUUGGACACCUCAAGCAAUUUUGCAGUUCCAGAAGCUGUGUGGCUUGAAGCCAUUGGUGGGAGUAGUGGAUGAAUAUGUUGAUGGAGUCCUCAAUCUCUUUCUGUGCGACACAUCGUCAAACGAAGACAUCUAUUUCCAUCAUGUCCUGAGAGCAGAAGGCCAUGCCAUUGUCUGCCGAGAAAAUGUCCCAUCUAAGGGUUUCAGAGAGCUCAACCCCUUAGCCUUGUACACGAAAUGCAGUCCAAGGCCUGAAGAACCUGGUUUGACAGAACUGGAUCUUCCUUCCCAUCAGCAUUAUUUUAAUGAAGACCAAGAAAUAACAAGCCCAGAAAAUGAAUUUGAGACCUAGGUUUUACUAGAGUAUCCUAUUGAGAUGCCGUACCUUGAAUCAGUGUCUAUAGGUGAUGAUGUUUGGGAUGAAAACUGGUUGCCUCUGCAGACUGACAGAGAGAAGAGAAAUGGGAAUGCCUCACUUUUAUUUACAUCAGGACUUGAUGGAAGGAAGCAGUGUCAGCCAUGCAAAGAAUCACUGCAGAAGGGAUGGUGUUCUGCUGCUGAAGAACUAUGGAAUGCUGCGUGGCAGAAUUCAGAGUCAGAGAAUGAUAUGAAGAUUGAACUUAAAACAUCAGAAUUCCAGGAACAGGGUGCUCAGGAAGCUAUCACUGACACAGCCAAGAACCACAAGCAGCUAAAUCUAGAAGAUUCUUCAGAUUUUUCCACACUGUCCAAAUCAUUGGAAGAGUUCUACAUCUCUCUGAUCCAUUCUCAGCAGUCAGCAGAAUUAAACCAUUCUGAGCCUGGUUGUGUUCAAAUUCUGCCAAAGCAAAUCCAGCUUUCUACAGCAGCAGUUACCUGUAAUUUACUUCCCACAGUGGUUGAUUCCCAGGAGAAGCACACUGGUUUAAAGGAAGCUACUCCAGGAAAUAUGAAGAAUGAAGAUUCCUCCAGCCACCAUGCCCUUGCGAUGUUCAAAGACACAACCUGUGCCCAACAAGGAUCCAUGGAACAGAUCUCUUUUAUACUCUCUCCUGAGCACAGUGUGUCCCAGAAACUCUUCAUUCCUCGAAGCACAGCAACAGCAGCAUUAGGAGCUGCAGCCCGUCUCGCCAUGUCUAGUAGCCUUCUACAUUGGUAUCCCAGGUUAAGAAGAAUGGAAGCAUGAGGGGAGGAGAAAGGAGGAUAAAUAAACUAGAUGCGGUUAGAUGGGUUAAGCAUUAGUAUUCUCCAUAUCCAAAAUGAAGAAGUACCAAGGCAAAAUGACUUACCGUAGUUGAUGUAUCCUGCCUUUUCCUUAUUGUGUGACUGUACAUUGGCUCUCUCAU